UCAACAUGUAUGAAACGAUUCAGCUGCUCUGAGUGUGGGAAAAGAUUUGAUCGCAAGUCAAAUCUCAAGAAACACAUGAGAAUCCACACCGGAGAAAAGCAUUUCAGCUGUUCUGAGUGUGAUAAAGCUUUCACCGAAAGUGGACAACUGAAGAAACACAUGAUAACUCACACAGGAGAAAAACCUUUCAGCUGCUCAGUUUGUAAUAAAUCUUUUACACAGAAUGGAAAUUUACAGAAACACAUGAGAACUCACACAGGAGAAAAAACUUUAAGCUGCUCAGUUUGUAAGAAAUCUUUUACAUAUAGUGGAAGUUUACAGAAACACAUAAAAAUCCACACAGGAGAAACACUUUUCAGCUGCUCUGAGUGUGGUAAAAGAUUUGAUCGCAAGUCAAAUCUCAAGAAACACAUUAGAAUCCACACAGGAGAAAAGCGUUUCAGCUGCUCUGAGUGUGAUAAAGCUUUCACCGAAAGUGGACACCUGAAGAAACACAUGAUAACUCACACAGGAGAAAAACCUUUCAGCUGCUCAGUUUGUAAGAAAUCUUUUACACAGAGUGGGAAUUUACAGAAACACAUGAGAACUCACAAAGGAGAAAAACCUGUUAGCUGCUCAGUUUGUAAGAAAUAUUUUACCUAUAGUGGAAGUUUACAGAAACACAUGAGAAUCCACACAGGAGAAACACUUUUCAGCUGCUCUGAGUGUGAUAAAGCUUUCACCGAAAGUGUACACCUGAAGAAGCACAUGAGAAUCCACACAGGAGAGAAACCUUUCAGCUGCUCAGUCUGUAAGAAAUCUUUUACUCAGAGAGGAUAUUUACGGUCACACAUGGUAGUCCACACAGGAGAGAAAAGAUUCAGCUGCAGUGUUUGUAACAAAAGAUUUGCCUGGCGUUCUCAUGUCAAAACACAUAAAUGUGUUGGUGAGCUGCGCCACAUCUCCAGCCUGAAGCCGUGGACUCUGAGGAUGUGUCAUGGACAGAUGAGUCUUCGUGUAUCAGUUCCUAACUCUGUUCAUCUUCACUUCUUCCGCACCACCGUCCAACCGUCCUCUUCACCCUGCAGCGAUGGGAGGAGGAUCUGUCCUGCUGACUGA